UCAUCUCACCGUACUCUACGUGACGUCAUAUUCCUUCAGCGUAUGAAUGCGCAGUGAGCGGGAAUGGUUUACCUUAUCUCACUACCUUGGUGACGAGUGUUUACAAUUUACAAAUUUGGUCUGUCUUUGCAGUCUUUACUAUAUUACUGGUAAAAACUUGUAGUGUUUAACUAUUUAUAUUUUUUUGUGUACACGUAUUAGCUAGCUCUGUGUUAGUGAUAGUAUGGACGUAUUACGCCUUUGUAUUUUUAUGUACUGAGUCCUUUGAGGUUAUAAAAUGUUUAAUGCCCUUGUUCGUUUAUUGCCGACGAGAGUUACUCAGUCUGCAACAGCGGUAUAUUUUACUGUUUCAGCGUGGCGAAAGGUUGGUUUCAGAGGUUCGCAUAGCAGCUCGCAAGCAACGUGUUUUAAAGACAUGAAGAUUGUAACAUUGCCUGCACUCCAAGACAACUAUAUGUACCUGGUGAUAGAUGAGGCCACCAAGCAAGCUGCCAUCGUGGACCCCGUGGCUCCAGACACUGUCUUGGAGGCUGUGAAGGCUCAGGGAGUUCAGCUGACCAGCAUUCUCACCACACAUCACCAUUGGGACCACGCGGGGGGCAACGAGGAGCUGGCGAAGAAGGCGCCCGGCCUCGAGGUGUACGGCGGCGACGAGAGGAUCGGAGCGCUGACCAAGCGGGUCGGGCACGGCGACGAGUUCCAGGUGGGACAGCUGACGGUGCAGUGCCUGUUCACGCCGUGCCACACCUCCGGACACGUCUGCUACUUCGUGCAGUCGCCGGGCGAGACCCCGGCCGUUUUCACCGGGGAUACACUUUUCAUUGCUGGUUGUGGAAGAUUUUUUGAAGGCACGCCGGAGCAGAUGUACAAGGCACUGAUUGAGAUUCUGGGCUCUUUACCAGAAGAAACAAGGGUGUUUUGUGGCCACGAGUACACGUUAGCUAAUUUGAAGUUUGCUGAGCACGUGGAACCAGACAACGAAGCCGUGAAGAACAAAAUGACGUGGGCAAAAAUGAAAAGAGCGAAAGGAGAACCGACCGUACCGUCCACAAUACGUGACGAGAAGAAAUUCAAUCCCUUUAUGAGAGUUACUGAAGCAUCAGUUCAGAACCACGCAGGGCAAAGUGAUGACAUUGCUACAAUGGGAUGUAUUCGCAGGGAAAAGGACUGUUUCAAAGGAUAAAUUACAUUGUUCAGGCAGCUGGCUGGCUGUCGAGCUGAAGAGGUUGGGCUCGUCGAGAGGCACCUGAAGGGCCAUGCUCCGCCAGUCCUUGUUGUACACGUCCAGCCGUGCCAUCAGAGCCCUGGGGAGCAGACACAAGUGAAAAAAAAAAGGUGCUGGGGUUAACGACUUAAAAUGUUUCACUUUACGAUGCUCAAAUCUCUUCAGGUCUUCUAAAGACGCUAUCUGAUCUCCGGCAUGUAUGUUACAUGAGAUUAAAGUGUGUUUCAUUUGUUUGUAUAUUCUCUAUAAAUAAAUAUUGUUAUGAAAAACUCAA